AUGAAUUGUUCUAUUCUAUUUAUUAUUGAAUUGAUUCUCGUUUCUUCCGCCUACCAAUUCGAUCCGCCGAGGACCAUUGAUCUUUUCGAUGAUCUUAUAUCGAGAGUCUCCACUACCACCGAAUCAUCAAAGUGCAAUUGUCCUUCGGAACAGCAAAAAUGCACGAAAUAUGAUUCGAGAAUUCAGGCGGCGAGUCUUGAGGAGGCGAUCGUCGCAUUCCCUGAUUUGACGAUCACCCAACAAGAGGAGAAGUCGGUGGCGCCGUCGACGUUGGUCAGCUCGUUGACGAAUUGCAAUAGUCGGCAGUGUCGCGAUUGCUAUAAGGAUUUGCGAAUGCAGUUGAGGAAGGUCGGACUCCUCCAAUCGACAAUCAAUCAAGUAUUCCGACAACAGCACAACUUCACCACAUGCGGCAAAUAUCGCUUCACGCGCAACGACGCCGGCGUCUAUCAGAAGGAGAAGAACAAGAAGAAGAAGAAGAAGAACGAGAGCGGCGAUGGCGAUCUCAUCGAGCUGAGCGCACUCGAGGAAUGGUUCUAUGGGAAACGACUGACGGAUGUGAAGAAGAUCGAGAAGCGUCAAACGACGACGGUGUAUGACAAUGUGAGCGCGCCGGGCAUCAUAGGCGUCCGAUUUCCGAUCUCGUGCACGACGCGCGGCAUCACCGCCGACGGUUUGAACACGGUGUCGUUGUGCAGCGCGUGUUGGGUGUGGCGUCGAUUGCCGAGCACCUAUUUUCCGGCGUACCUCAACGAGGUGGUGUGCGACAACGUCGACACGACAUGUCUGAGCGGCUACGCCAAUUGCCACACUGGCAUGCAGCAGUACAACGUGUUGCGCAACGACAGCGGCCAAUGGGUGCCGGUGACGGUGUCGGCGGGCAUCAAUUGCGAAUGUCGUCCGAAGGUUGGGAGUGUCGUCGAGUCGCUGGUGUUGGGCAAGGGCACAGCGAGAGCGUUGGAUCCAGUGGAUCAGACCGUUAAUUGA